AUGCAGUUAGGCGCGGCAUCGCCGAACGCCUCCCAGUCGAGGCCUCUCGGUGGCAAUACAACUGAUCCGUCAACUAGUCAGCAUCAGCAAUUGCUGAUAGAUGAGCCACGUGUAGAGGUGCACGAGCUUCACCGGCAUGACGGCAUGGCUUCGAUUUCUGCCUCUGCCUCCAAUGCGCUACAGCAGAAGUGGGGGAACCAUGAAGAGGACGAUCUAUUUGUUGAUCACGAGUUCCCCAAUGCUCAGUCUGACCGACCGAUCGAGCUAAAUGAGGGUGACCGUGGGAGCUUAAGGGCCUUGAACGGGCUACUGUGGCUGCGGCCUAACGAAAUUGUCCAGCGCAUUCAGCAACAGCAGUUAAAGGCCCACCGAGCUUCGCGCCCUCAGCAGCAACAGCAGCAACAAGACCAGCAGAUACAGCAACAGACAGAAAAGACUGCGAUUUUGUUUAGCAGCGUCAGGAUUGCUUCAACUGUAGCCUACGGCAUCCUUGCAUCCCACGCGUUUGCGGCCGUCGCGAGCGGCCUCGCCGCCUCGAACCCCCCAGCAAUAAGAGACGCUCUGUUGCAUCCCGAACACUGGAGGAGUGGGAUUUUCCGCGUUGCUUUUUUCCGGUCGGGGGAGAGAGAAUUGGUGUCUAUUGACACUCGGCUACCAUGCCGCCUUGCACAGCAGCCAAAGGAACACAGCAGAAGGUCCCGCUGCUCUAGUAGAGUCAGCAGCUCCGAAACAUGGAGGUCCCGGAGUGGUACCAGGAAAGAAACGGUUUCCACAACAUCGGCUCGGGAUCCAGACGGGAACGUUGCUGCUGGCUCUGUUGCAGGAGUGGAGGGUACAGAUGAUACGGCUGGUCCACUUUCCUUCAGCUCGCAUACAACUAUUGCCAAACAGAAAACCAAGCGAAGCGACAGGAACAUUCUGGAGGCUACAGAGGCUCAAACAGUCUCAGGCGACCCUCCCAUAGAGUUUGCGGCUUUCUCUCUCGGGAACUGCUUCCUGACGUGCGUGGCUCGCGGAGCAGACGUAGAAAAGGACAACAUAUUGCCUGAUCGGCACUACACCAUCAUUGAUGUUGUUAGAGUACGCAUACUUAAUUCCCUAACGGCUCCCAAAACGCUAUUGGCUACGGAUCACUUUCCUCUUUGGCCCUUUAAUCUAGUCUAG